AUGCUAGGUUACACAUUUGAAUCAAAUUGGACAAGAGGAGGUUCGCCUCUCGACGCCGUCUAUUUCUGUCGCCUUGCUAAUGAAAACGGCGUCAUAGAAUCCCAAACAAUUGAAAUUCAGGACGUGGAGUUUUACACUUCCAAGUAUCUUCAACAGGCACCUUUGGAAAAUGUUCAGCGAGGCCCAUUCGUUGGCAGUGAACUGCCGGUCUCUCUAGAUUGUGGAGAGAGAUCGUGGUCUAGCGUUGAGUUGCCGGACUGGGCCAAAGAAAAUUUUCAAACCCCCUUUGAGUGGGUUCACUGUGAUGUCCCGGCUGGUUCUAUACUGGACCUACAUACUUGUUACGAGAAGGCAAUCCCUGCAUAUGAUCCCGUCUCUUCCUUUUUCGAGACAACAGUUUUGCCAAAUGGCACGCUGAUAAUUCACCAACGCACCUCAGUGCCCUGGCGGCCGAUCGGAAUUUUGUGUGUCAGUCGAAUUAUGGCCAAGAGAGUCUUUGCUGCUUACUUCCAGAAAGAAAAUGGAAGGUCCGUGCCUUUUCAAUAUAUUCCAGGGGACUAUGGGGAAGACUUGAUUGUUCCAAAAUCUCUGCAAUCGGUAUCCAAAGAUUACCGGGCUGGACAGUACGCAAAGGGCACCGUUGAGCUGACGGCUCUGUAUACGGCGAACCCCAGGAAUACGAAAACCUCAUGGACGAAGAAUGGGGGCCCUUUACCAAUUCUUUUCGAAACGACGGAUCACAGCCUUAUUUUCCCCGAAGUAAUAACUACUGCAGACAGCGGCAACUACAGUUUGACCGUUACAGGGCCCAGCCAACAGGAAGUGUUUACCUUCAACGUGGUAGUGAAUGCACCGCCAAAAGUAAAGCGUAUGGCUCCUAGAAGCGUGUAUGUUUUGGAAGGACAGCCAGUGCAAAUCGAAACUGAAUUCGAAGGACGAUUGACUUCACGGUCCGUAAGCAUCAACGGGAUUCUCAUAGACACAUUGUCGACCGCGCUGUUCGAAGAGUCGUUGAGGCAUCUGCGUGACCGAUUCCCCUAUAUCGAUGACCUGUAUCCAGACAUCGAGUUCCCCUCUGAUACUUCUAUACGCUACACUCUUCGGGACAUUACUUCCAGCGCGAAUGCGCCUUACGGAGCCUCGCAUUCGGUUACCCUGACUGGGACGAAUACUCUCGGCAGCGCUCAUACCCAGACCGUUAUCAGAGUCCUUUCACCCCCGCGGAUCACUCGCUUGAUGGCUGACAGCAGUUGUGAAGAUGACUGCUUCAAUGGAACCAGUCACCGUUUCCUUUGUGAUGUUGACCUUGCACCCUAUGCUGGCCUUAACGUAGUCAAGACGUGGGAAUUGGACGGUCGAGACCUGGACGCUCUUCAUCAACAGGAUCCCCUACUCACCUUUUUGAAAGUUGCCGGAAAUGAGGUAGGUGUUUAA